AUGGAAUCUCCUUUGGAACUCUUCUCUCUCUCCUGGGGAGUUUAUCCUCGACGAGUUCUCAUCUAUCUCGCAGAGAAGGGUCUUCUCAAAUCGCCCCUCAUCAAGUUCACAGAAGUGGAUGUAUCGCAAGAAGGCAAACUCACUGCUCCCGGCAAACCAGCUGGAUCAGUACCCGUUCUGCGACUCCCUGACGGAACCUUUAUCAAACAAUCAAUCGCCAUCCUGGAGUAUUUCGAAGACAUCUGCCAGAAUCCUGCAGAGCCUUGGCAAGUUGAACUGUCCAAGACUGCAAAGAAUAGCAGCAUGCUUGGACAGACUGCACAAGAAAAAGCACGAGUCAGGGAGAUACUCUCACUCGCCGAUGAAGUCACUAGCCAGUUUGGUUUCGCUUGUCACAAGGGCACAGCACUCUUUAAUAUGCUUGAAGAGACUCAUCCCGUCACGGCGAAACUUGUCCUUGAGUACUGUCAAAAGAACCUGAAACUCAUUGAACGAUACUACGUGGAUGAUCCUCGGUUUAGCAGCGACGGAAACGCUACCGUUGCUGACUGCGUUCUAUACUCGGUUCUGCACUUUGCCAAGGACCUGUAUGCGCUGGACCUCCUGGCUGAUCCUGAGUUGGCUAGCUUGCGGGCAUUUUAUAAAUGGUUUGGGGGGAGGAAAAGUGUUCAGGUGGCUGAUGAUCACUUCCCACAGCAGAUCAAGGAAUUAUCCAGCCAGUGGCUUCCCUUGGAAUGA